AUGACUUCCCAAAUCUGUACUCCCACAUUCUCCACUGGGUCCUUCAAGGGCCUCUGUGGCACCAGUGGUGGCUUCUCUCGGAUCUCUUCUGUCCGCUCUUUGGGCUCUUGUAGGGUUCCAAGUCUCUCCUGCAGUGGUGGGUCAGUCUCUUCUCUUAAGCUGGGCUCCUGUGGUCUAGGGAGCUAUCUACCCAACACCUCUUAUCUGUCCAGUGGGUGCUAUACCUCUGGCUUUGGUGGGAGUGGUGUCUGGCUUGGCGAAGGGGUUUUCAAUGGCAAUGAGAAGGAGACCAUGCAAUUUCUGAAUGACCGCCUAGCCAACUACCUGGAGAAGGUGCGCAUGUUGGAGCGGGAAAAUGCAGAUCUGGAGAAGAAGAUCCGGGAGUGGUAUGAGACUCAGAUCCCAUACAUCUGCCCUGAUUAUCAGUCCUACUUCAAGACUAUUGAGGAUCUCCAGCAGAAGAUCCUGUUGACCAAAGCUGAAAAUGCCAGGCUGGUUCUGCAGAUUGAUAAUGCCAAACUGGCUGCUGAUGACUUCAGAACCAAGUAUGAGACUGAGCUAUCCCUGCGCCAACUGGUAGAGGCUGACAUCAACGGCCUUCGUAGGAUCCUGGAUGAGCUGACCCUGUGCAAAGCUGACCUGGAGAUGCAGCUCGAGUCCCUGAAGGAGGAGCUGCUCUGUCUCAAGAAGAACCAUGAGGAGGAAGUCAGCAUUCUUCGAGGUCAGCUUGGAGACCGGCUCAAUGUGGAAGUGGACGCAGCCCCACCUGUGGACCUCAACAAGAUCUUGAAUGACAUGAGAUGCCAGUAUGAGACCCUGGUGGAGAAUAACCGCAGAGAUGUGGAGAAUUGGUUCACCACCCAAACAGAAGAGCUGAACCAACAAGUCGUGUCCAGCUCUGAACAGCUCCAGUGCUGCCAGACAGAGAUCAUUGAGCUGAAACGCAAUGUCAACGCUCUGGAGAUUGAGCUGCAGACCCAGCACAGCCUGCGAAAUUCCCUGGAGUCCACUUUGGCAGAAACAGAGGCUCGCUAUGGUUCCCAGCUGGCUCAGUUGCAGUGCCUGAUCAGCAAUGUGGAAGCUCAGCUGGCCGAGAUCCGCUGUGACCUGGAGCGGCAGAAUCACGAGUAUCAGGUCCUCCUGGAUGUUAAAGCCCGGCUGGAGUCAGAGAUCGCCACAUACCGCCGGCUGCUGGAAGGAGAAGACUGCAAGCUUCCUGCCCACCCCUGUGCCACAGAGUGCAAGCCCAUGGUCCGUGUGUCCUGCCCCCCAAGCGUGCCCUGUACCCCCGGCUCCCAGAUCAGCACUCAGAUCCGCACCAUCACCGAGGAGAUUAAAGAUGGGAGAGUCUUUUCUUCCAGAGAGCACGUCCAGCACCGGCCCCUGUAA